GCAUACACUCCACAAAGCCUACUAAUAAAAGGAAUCCUUCUUGGCUUAGAACAUCCCUUAAACAACCCAUGUUUUAUUGGGAGCCAAACUCCUUGCGAAGCAACCCAGAAACUCACCCCAAAAACUCCGCUGCUGCUGUGAUGAUUUGUACCCAAUUCCGCUGCUGGGUCCCACCGGUGAUGAAGUGAACUAUUAAAAAAGGGAAAAAAAGUUUUUUUUAUAACCUUUUCUUGUUGGAUUUCUCUUCCAUCUCUCUCUCCCACCGUCAAGUGAAACCUCUGAAUUUCUGGGCUUCAAUUGAAACGAGGUUUCAGAAUCUGUGUAGACCGACGGGUUCAUGGGUGGGAAAAGUUCAAAGAGAUCUUCUGCUUCCACUGGCCGCUAUGCCUCGUUUGGCUCCAGUUCUUAUAACGGUUAUUGCAGUGGAUAUUCUCAGCAAUCUCCUCAGCCUAGCUACAGUUAUGCAUCACCGCCUCCUACUACCCGAACAUACGGUGGUGGCCCACCGCCUGAAUCAAGGAAACGUUUGGAAAGGAAGUUCUCAAGAAUUGACGAUAACUACCACACCUUGGACCAGGUCACGGAUGCCCUUGCACGUGCUGGUCUAGAGUCUUCAAACUUAAUUGUUGGCAUCGAUUUCACCAAGAGCAAUGAGUGGACAGGUGCAAGGUCAUUUCACCGAAAGAGUUUGCAUCACAUUGGGGAUGAGCAAAAUCCAUAUGAACAAGCAAUAUCUAUCAUCGGUAGAACGCUGUCAAAAUUCGACGAGGAUAACUUGAUUCCAUGUUUCGGAUUCGGAGAUGCAUCCACGCAUGACCAAGAAGUUUUCAGUUUCUUCCCCGACGAGAGGUUUUGCAAUGGAUUUGAAGAGGUUUUGAGUAGAUAUAGGGAAUUAGUCCCUCAGUUACGACUUGCAGGGCCGACAUCUUUUGCACCGAUUAUUGAAAUGGCGGUUACCAUUGUUGAACAAAGUGGUGGACAGUACCAUGUCUUAGUGAUCAUUGCCGAUGGGCAGGUGACAAGAAGCGUUGAAACCGGACGCGGUCAAUUAAGCCCUCAGGAAAUGAGAACUGUUGAUGCAAUUGUCAAAGCAAGUGAGUAUCCUUUAUCAAUUAUUUUGGUUGGAGUUGGGGAUGGGCCUUGGGACAUGAUGAGGGAAUUUGACGAUAAUAUCCCUGCACGAGCUUUUGAUAAUUUCCAGUUUGUGAAUUUCACAGAAAUAAUGUCAAAAAAUUUGGAUAGAACCAGAAAAGAAGCAGAGUUUGCUCUUUCGGCCUUGAUGGAAAUACCUUCUCAGUAUAGAGCGACACUCGAACUCAACAUAUUGGGUGCAAGCCGAGGGAAGGGAAUUGACAGAGUUGCCCUCCCACCUCCUCGCUACGGCUCAAAUUCUUUUAACUCGCCAAAACCUUCACCACGGACUAGUAGUGGGGUUCGUCCUAGUGCACCUUCAUACGCGGCGCACGGUUCAUCCUUUUCCACAAGUCAAACCGCAAGUUCUUCUGAUAGCCAUCUUUGCCCCAUUUGCAUUACCAAUAAGAAGGAUAUGGCUUUUGGUUGUGGACACCAGACAUGUUGUGAAUGCGGGAUAAGCCUUCAAUUAUGCCCAAUUUGUCGGGACACCAUUGUCACGCGGAUAAAGCUUUACUGAUGAGUUAGUAGUUUUCUUCGGCGAGCUUUUUGCUUUGUUCCGGAAAUGCCCUUCGAGAAAAUGUCUGUAAGCUAGUUUCCACCUAUGCCCUCUCGUCUCAAAUAACUGUCCGGCAAGUUCGGCAAGUUCUGAGGGACUAAGGGAUGAAAUUCAUCUUUUUUUUUAGAUGUUUCUUUUUCUUUUUUUAGGAGUUUUUCUCUUCUGCAAUAAAAGCCAUCACAUUGGCAUUGUUCUGUUUUGGCUUUGGUAAUUGGUAGUUUGGUACUUUAGUCUCUCUCUUUUUUUCUUCCUAUUUUAUUGGCGGAAUGUACAGUGGAACAUUUUUACUCCCUCCCUCCUAAAACUUUCUUCCCAGAGCACUAUUCCAACUUCACGGGAAUUUAUAUUUAUUUGUGUUUUUUCAUGGCCUAUAUGAUAAAAUAAAAUAUUCUUGUCACCACUUGUUUUGUUGAACUUUUGAUGUAGUUUUUAAAUAUGUAUUUUUUAUUUUUUAUUUCUAUACCAAUAUUUAAAUAAAAUAGAUUGAAAAAACUUGAGAUUUUUCUUCGUUUUGCGCAACGGGAAGAAAGAUAUAGGACGGAG